UUCUCUCUUCCCGCCCUGUAUUGUUUCUCUCCCCAGCCUCAUGUCAAGUCUUCCGUCUCUGUAUUUGUUCCUUUAUUUCUCCCUCUAUCCUCCCCAGCUCAAUCCUUGCCUCCCUUUUCUCUCUGUUAGCUCCUAUUCCUUACAUCUCCCUUUGUAUUUCUCCCCAUACACACCCUUGCCUGUUCCUCCCACCCCCCACUGGGUUCUGUCUCUCUCCUGCUUCCCCAUCUUCUUCUCAGUUUCCUCCCCCUCUCCCCUCCUCUCUGCCUCAUCCCACACCCCUCUCCCUGGAUUGCUCUCCAGCCUGGGUAUCUCCUGCCUCUCCUUCCCUUCCUUCCCCUGCCUCCUCCCACUCACUGGUGGCAUUGGUGGGAGUCUGUCUGUCUCUGCCUCCUCCUUCCCUCCCUCCCACCACAGUCUUUCCUUCUUCCCUGCAUCUCAUACUAUCCCCAACCCUCUCCUCUCCUUUUCCUGCCCCUUUAAAUCUGCCUGGCCCUGGCCCUGCCUUCCCCGUGAUGCUGUGAUGGAGCAAACAUUGAUUUGUGCUGGGAUGGGAUCGGAAUUUUGAUUUUUUUUUUCCUCCCCCAACCAUAAGAAGGAAAAAAAAACAACUAAAAAUAAUACCCCCCCUUACGACUGCCCCCUCCCUCUUCCCGCCCAGUUCUGAUUCCCUGUCUCCAUCAGAGGCAAUUUUUUUUCCCUACACAAUUCCCAUCUCUCCCCCCCACCCCCUGCCACCACCCCGCCCCCCCACCAGCCUGCUCCUCUGUGGCUGGGGAGAGAGGGGAGCCAGUCCUGCUGCUCUGGGCUAGGAUUAUUGCCUGGGCUUAGGGGAGCCUCUCCGGAAAAGAGGGGGAGGGGGGCUGGCUGGGGUGGGUUGGGGGCAGGGGGCCUCCUGCCAUGGACGCUGCGCCUGGGGGGCAGUCUGAGCCCCAGUCCACAUGCCACUCGGGAUGAGGGCCCACCCCCGUCUGCCCAUCCUGGGGCACUCGCGCCUGGCCCCGGUCUGACUCCCCCGGCCGUGCCCACCACAUCCAGGCCCCACGCCCUCACCCAGGUCCCUGGCCCUCCAGGAUGUGCUGAGCUGUGGGGAGGCUGAGGCCACGCCAACUACAUGCAUGUCCCCCGGGGGCAAGUUCGACUUUGAUGAUGGCGGCUGCUAUGUGGGGGGCUGGGAGGCUGGGCGAGCACAUGGCUACGGCGUGUGCACGGGGCCCGGGGCCCAGGGAGAGUACAGUGGAUGCUGGGCCCACGGCUUCGAGUCCCUGGGCGUCUUCACCGGGCCCGGUGGGCACAGCUACCAAGGCCACUGGCAGCAGGGAAAGCGCGACGGGCUGGGCGUGGAGCAGAAGAGCCGCUGGACCUAUCGCGGCGAGUGGCUGGGUGGGCUGAAGGGGCCCGCUGGCGUGUGGGAGAGCGCCUCGGGACUGCGCUACGCCGGGCUCUGGAAGGACGGUUUCCAGGACGGCUACGGCACCGAGACCUACUCGGACGGAGGGACCUAUCAGGGCCAGUGGCAGGCUGGCAAGCGCCAUGGCUACGGGGUUCGCCAGAGCGUACCCUUCCAACAGGCAGCGCUGCUGAGAUCGCCCCGCCGCACUUCCCUGGACUCGGGCCACAGCGACCCCCCCACACCACCUAUACCCCUUCCCCUACCUGGCGAUGAGGGGGGGAGCCCGGCCUCUGGCUCCAGGGGGGGGUUUGUGCUGGCAGGCCCAGGUGACCCAGACGCAGCCUCCUCCAGAAAACGAACUCCAGUCACCGGGGGCUUCUUCCGCCGCUCUCUGCUGCUGAGUGGGCUUCGGGCAGGCGGGCGCAGGAGCUCACUGGGCAGCAAGCGGGGAUCUUUGAGGAGCGAGGUGAGCAGCGAGGUGGGCAGCACAGGGCCUCCGGGCUCCGAGGCCAGCGAACCUCCAGCCCCGGUCCCUCCAGCACUCAUUGAAGGCUCUGCUACUGAAGUGUACGCGGGCGAGUGGAGGGCUGAUCGGCGCAGUGGCUAUGGAGUGAGCCAGCGUUCCAAUGGGCUGCGCUAUGAGGGCGAGUGGCUUGGCAACCGGAGGCACGGCUACGGCCGUACCACCCGCCCUGAUGGUUCUCGGGAGGAGGGCAAGUAUAAACGCAACCGGUUGGUUCGAGGUGGACGGGUCCGCAGCCUCCUACCCCUGGCCCUGAGGAGGGGUAAGGUCAAGGAAAAGGUGGACCGUGCCGUAGAAGGUGCCCAUCGGGCGGUGAGCGUAGCCCGCCAGCGCCAGGAGAUUGCUGCUGCCAGGGCCGCAGAUGCUCUCCUGAAGGCAGUGGCAGCAAGUAACACCGCAGAAAAAGCUGUGGAGGCAGCUCGAAUGGCCAAACUGAUGGCCCAGGACCUGCAGCCCAUGUUGGAUGCACCAGGCCGAAGACCCAGGCAAGACUCCGAAGGCACUGACACAGAGCUGCCUGACUGUGACAGCCCUGGGGUUUAUGAGAAUGGACUGACCCCUUCUGAGGGCACGCCAGAGUCUCCCAGCAGUCCUGUCUCCCCCUGUCAAACCUGGAGACACCCCACCCACCGUAGUCCUUUGCCCCCUAGGGAUGAUGGAGGCCACCUCUCUGGCCCCAAAUCUUGGCCAGAGGAGUGGGGAGGCCCAAGUGGACCUGGAGAGGAGCUAGCUGGCUAUGAGGCUGAGGAUGAGGCUGGGGUACAGGGGCUAGGGGUUUGCAAUGGCUCUCCCCUCCUUGGGGGCUCCAGCGACAGCUCUGGAAGUCUUCGGGAAGAAGAAGGAGAGGAUGAGGAGUCCUUGCCCCACUCAGAACCUCCCCUAGACCCAGGGCUUGAGCCCACUGUCACCCCCAUACUGAGGGGCACAUCUGGAAGGACUCUGGAGGCAGAGAACCCGACAGAGGCACCAGAGGAGCCUGGUGCCACUGAAGAGCCUGCCCAACGGGGAGCUGCUAACCCUUUGGUGGUAGGAGCUGUGGCACUGCUGGAUCUGAGCCUGGCAUUCCUGUUCUCCCAGCUCCUCACUUGAGGUCUCUCCCUAGACUAUGGCUCUGGUUCCCAUGUCCUCUUCCCUUUGGACCUGCCUUUUCUCUCUCUUCCAUCUUUUAUCUUCCUUUCUCUACCUUUCCUUUUUUGUUCCCAUUUAUUACUUUCUACUCCCUCUUCUUCCUCUUACUUUCUCUCUCUUCUCCCUUAUUCUGACUUUAUGUAUCUUUUUUCUCUCUUUCUCUAGAUUGUUUACAUAUGAAGGGCUCUUCUCUCUCAGAGUUACACUCUGAGAAAUACAAAUCUAAGUCAGACCAUCACCACUCACACCCUCCUAACUUUCCUAGGGAUCAAAACUUCAAUAGGGAAGAGAUGGGGUGAGCACUGAGGGUAAGGAAGGGCACAAUGUUGAGGUAUAUGAGACCUCUCCUACCAGCAAGGUGGAGAGGGGACCUGGAGAAGGGGUGACUGACUGCAGGAGUGGGGCACCAGUAUUGCUGCUAUGAAGUCACCCCCUAGGUUUCUGCCUCUCCAUCCCAGACAACCUGCUUGGACAUUUUUAGUAUUCCUCCAGUCCCAGAAGUGGGUAACCAAUAUCCCCUCAAGAAAAUGAUGUUCCUAUGGAGACAAGCAGAACUAAUGAAUAGAGAUGGAGUGUAUUGGAGGCAUCUCUUACCCUGUGGCAAGUUAUCAAAUUUCUAGGCACUGAACUUGGUUUCUGCAUAACUUUGUCCUCCCCUUAGGUAGAGAUCUGAAGGGGAGAGCAGGGUGCCUCUAAUUCUUACCUCUACCCCAGCCCCAGGGGUGGUCGACAAUUGGCAGAACAAAAACACCUGAAAAUCCAUCCCCCUCCUUCCAAACCUUCACAUACCCUUUCUCUCCACCCCCACCCCCAUAAUUUUCCACCACCAUCACAUCUAUACAUGGUCUAGACUUGUUUGUGGCCUUGAUAAUGUUCUGGAAGGGCCAAGUGAGGCAUUCCUACUGUAUGGGGUUAGGAGAAUCUCUGUCAGUGCUCCAUUACCAUUGGGGGUGGGGAAGGAAAUAGGGUGGGAAGGACUUCUGGGCGAUAGAACUAGAUAGAAUAUGGGGGACUCAAAAGGCAGUACAAUAUAGUCAGUCACAGAAAUCUCAGUUAAGGUCUGAGGAUAGGUUAGGUGCCAAAAUAAGGAUAGGAAUUAGACCUAUGAUUCCAUUGGUUUAGAGAACUCCCAAAUGAGUAAAUUCCCUCUACCAAUGCAGGCUGGCACCUUCUCUGCAACUUAUAGUCUUGGAGAGUUGCCUAGAACACUGAGUGCUUCAGUGACUUGCCCAACAGUCACUCUUACUAUCUAUCACAUCAGGUUUUCUCUCUGAGGAUCAAAAUGGGGACCUAUCUCUUUGGGGUCAAAAUCCCUUGAAAAGGAAGAGGAACCCUCAUGCACAGGAAGCAGGGUAAAAGGUAGAAGUCGAAAGUCCCAGAGAAAGAAGGGUGGGGAACAUCAGGUUUGAAGUUGAGCAAUCCCUGUUAUUGGUCAUUUCCCCAGAUGGCAGGGCCCUUAGCCAUGGGGUGGGUGUGAGAUGCCCAGGAUCUGUCCUUUAUGGCUGAAGGCCUCUCCCUGCCCCUGCAUGAGGCAGAGAGGCAAGCUGCUCAUUAUCCCCAUUCCCCAAAGAAUGUCCAUGCCUGGGAAUGCCCCCCCAUGCCCCUCUUCUUUUUUUUCCUGGCCAGCCUAUUUUCUACCUGGCUCACUUCCCUUCUAAGACUUUACUUCAAAUUUCUACUUUGUGGAUUUGGGAUUGAAGUCAAACAUCUCGGCUCAUACCAAGUCUUGCAGGAAAAAAAAAAUAAAUUUAACAAAAAAUAUAUUAAUAAAAAAGUUUUAAAAAG